CAUCAACCUUUCACUCGUUGUGAAUCAUAAUCGACCACCAUCCCACUUUCCUCCCUGCCGACAACUUUUGAUACUCAUAAUGAACACGGACGAGGUUAUCUGGCAGGUUAUCAACCAGCAGUUCUGCUCAUACAAAGUCAAGACAGCGACAGGAAACUUUUGCAGGAACGAAUACAACGCGACCGGUCUUUGCAACCGACAGUCAUGCCCUCUUGCCAACUCACGCUAUGCUACAGUGCGUGAGCAGAACGGAGUCAUCUACCUGUUUGUGAAGACGCCCGAGCGUGCGCACUCGCCUGCGAAGAUGUGGGAGAAGAUCAAGCUAUCGAAGAACUAUGCGCAGGCACUGGAGCAGAUUGACAAGGAGCUGAUUUACUGGCCCAACUUCUCGGUUCACAAAUGCAAGCAGAGGCUGACAAAAAUCACACAAUACCUGAUUAAGAUGAGGAAGCUGAAACUGAAGGCGGAUGAGAGGCCCAAGUUGGUUGGUAUCAAGAAGAAGGUCGAGCGCAGGGAGGCAAGGAGAGAGGCCAAGGCUGAGGCUGCCGCACGGUUGGACAAGGCCAUUGAGAAGGAGCUAUUGGAUCGUUUGAAGUCACACGCUUACGGCGACGCGCCCUUGAACGUACACGAGGACGUCUGGAAGGAGGUUUUGGAGGGUGAGAAGGGCGAGUUGGAGGUCGAUAGUGAUCAGACAGACGAGGACGAUUCACAGUCAGAGGCAGAGGAGGACGAGGAGGAAGAGGACGAGGAGCGUGAGUUUGUGUCGGACCAGAGCGAGGAUGAAGAGGACAUGGAGGACAUGUUCGAGAAGGAAUACGAGCACGAGACAGUGGAGCUUUAAGCAUAUUACCAUUUUACUAUCACACAGCAAGCAUUAAACGGAGCAUUUUCAAGUAUUUAAUCAUCGAUACCGAUCAUGACACGCAUUCAUUAUAUGUGCUUGCAAUCAGGAUCCACACUAUGCUGUUGCCUAGACAGAUAUGAGCUAUAAGUUUGCACAAGAACGGCAUAUGGUGAACAUGAGUCGUAAUAUAGAGCGUUUGAUAGAGGGCUUAUUCAUGGAAGAUGACUAAAGGAAAAAUACAAUGUUAUCGAAC